UGGCCGUCUCUCUUAUCUUGUAAGAACAUUCGGCACCUCGCACAGUCAGCCGGAUCUCCAGGAGCAUCGCCUGUGCGAGAUACCACCACGCUCAGCGCAGGAGCCAUGGGCAACUGCAUAAAAACAGAGAGGCGUCUAAGCCAUGAGUUGGACUUCGCUGUUGUUGAGGAUCUGAUUGAUGACUGGGCAGGGAAUUAUUCCUACGCGGAGUACACAUCUUACAACAGUACUCUGACCCAGCCAUGUCACAGCACCUAUUGCUCCAACUUGAUCGGCAGCAUCCCGGCAUUCCUGGCAGUAGCCGGCGCCUUGGGCGUACUCUGCAAUGUGGCCCUUGGCAUCACCGUGGCCGUGUGCCUUCGGCUUUGGGACCAAGCCGGGCUCUUGCUGGCAACCCUGUCAGCUGCCCUAUUUGCUGCCGUCUUGCCCUUUUUCGCGGUGGGCGUUGGCCAGGGCUGGAUCUUUGGAGACGCCUUUUGCCAGACGGCACGUGCCGUUGAGCACGGAUGUCUUUUUGCCCAAGGGCUGUUGGUGGCUGGCAGUGUGUGUCAAAUCUCCAAGGCCCUUCCUGGCGUCCUCUUGAAUAUCAUCCUCUGGCUUAUGGGGUUCCUGCUUGCAAUACCAGCAGCCCUGAUCAGCAGCACAGGGGAAGAUGGGUGGGCGGUGUGCAUCCCAAACCAGGGAGACGAGCUGCGCCUCUGGUCUCUUGCUCAUGCCAUCUUCUGCCUGGCCAUUUUUGACAUCCUUCCAGUGGUGGUUGCUUUGGCCAAUGUGGUGUUGAAGUGGCAGAGGUUGGGCUGGCACCCACCCAUGGUCAUAACGUGGCUUUUUUACCUCCUCUGGGCACCGUACGGAGUGGCCCUGAUCCUGGACAUGCUGCUGAAGAUGGGCUUGCUCACCCCAACCUGCAGCUUGCGAGAACGUUUUGACUAUUUCCUGGGACUCUCAGAGGGACUGGGGGUCUUCCACUGCUUUCUGUGCCCCCUGUUGAUUCUGGGGGCAGUCAUCCAUCACCACAGGGCUGCCCAGUGAGGCAGGUGCUAAAUGGAGAGACCGCUAUAAUCUCCAGGACUUUGAACACCAGAACACUUUGUAUCUACUUCUGCUUUUGCAACAAGGCCCCGGAGACAAUCUUAGAAGUGCAUGAUAGCCAAGCUUGAGACAUGUUAAAAAAUAAAAUAAAGUUUUGUGUUCAGGCAAUCUAAAUUCUGCUUCCAGACGUGGUGAAUUCUGCAACACUUACUGUGCAAAAAGGGACACGUUUGUGUAAUCUCUCUUAUUUUGCAGAAUUUGAGGGAGGACUUACGAUGCUCGGGUACUGAAGCACAGAGAGAGAGAGAGAGAGAGGCUGGAAAUUGUAUUCAGACACCUCUCUGGCAGUGACAAAGUUUGGGAGCGGCAUGUGUGCGUACCCCACCCAAACUCAGCACUUAAACGCGGGGAGUUGUCCUAUGCCCCAUCAGUCAAUUGGUCCAUCAAAUUCAGUAUUAUGUAUACUGAUCAGCAGUAGCUUUCUAAGAUUUUAGAGAGGGUUUUUGUAGCUGUACCUGGAGAUGCUGGGGAUUGAACAUGGGGCCUUCUGUAUGAAAAACAAAUGCUCUACCACGGGGCCAUAGCCCUUUCCAUGAAAAUGGAAUAAGAUUCAGUCAGACACUUUUUUAUUUUUUGCAGCUAACGGCCAUUAGGUUUCCAGUCUUCAUGGUUCUAAAUAAAAAAACUGUUUUAAGCGGAUUUAAAUUGAAACAAAGGGAGUUGCCUUAUACUAAGUGACACUGUUAGUCCUUCUAGUAGAGGUGUGUACUAGCAUCAAGAUUCAGUUUGGAUCCAAACUCAACAUGUAGGAUGCAGGCCACCUCAUCCUGAAGUGCUUCGUGAUCUGCCCAGUUUAACUCAGAGUCUAAGUAUAAAUCUGCAUCAUGGGAAAACUUGGUUCCCCUCCCGUUCACUAUUACGGGGAAUCAAAAUGGCUCUAACCUUUUUUCUUUUGGACAGAAGUGGAUGAAAUUUGCAGGCAUAGUAGCUCCCCCAGAGUAGAGUCAGCCUGCCCAAUAAUAGACAAAUACAUCCAGGUACAUUUUCUGCUGGGGACCGUUAAAUUCUGAUAUAUAUAUUGCAUCCU